UCCAGAGCCAUGGUGCUGAAUGAGGGAAAUCAGAGCUCUGUGACCACCUUCAUCCUCUUGGGCUUCUCAGAAUACCCACCCCUCCAGGUGCCCCUCUUCCUAGCACUCUUGACCAUCUACACGGUCACUCUGCUGGGGAACCUGGGCAUAAUUGUGGUCAUAAGGAUCAAUCCCAACCUCCACACACCCAUGUACUUUUUCCUCAGCCAUUUGUCCAUUUUGGACAUUUGUUAUUCCAGUGUAUUCACACCCAAACUCCUAGAGAUCUUGGUUGUGGACGACAGAGCUAUCUCUUUCAAAGCAUGCAUGGCACAGUUUUUCUUUGUUUGUGCAUUUGUGAUUACAGAAAUGUUCAUGUUAGCGGUGAUGGCCUAUGACCGACUUGUGGCUGUUUGUAAGCCCCUGCUCUACACAGUCACUAUGUCUCAUAAGCUCUGUGCCCUCCUGGUAGCUGCAUCCUACACGUGGGGUGGGAUAUGUUCCUUGACAAUCACAUAUUCUCUUCUGGGACUGUCCUUCUGUGGUUCCAACACCAUAAAUCACUUUGGUUGUGAGUAUUCUGCCAUCCUCUCUCUAGCCUGUUCUGACCCCUACUUCAGUCAGAUGAUGUGUUUCAUCAUUUCUACAUUCAAUGAGGCAAGUAGUCUCCUGAUUAUCCUCUCCUCCUAUGUUUUCAUAGUUGUCACAAUCAUCAAGAUGCCUUCCACUGGUGGAUGCCGAAAAGCCUUCUCCACCUGUGCCUCCCACCUGACUGCCAUCACCAUUUUCCACGGGACCAUCCUUCUUCUCUACUGUGUGCCCAACUCCACAAGCUCAUGGCUCCUGGUCAGAGUGGCCACUGUGUUUUUUACUGUCUUGAUCCCCAUGCUGAACCCACUUAUCUAUAGUCUUAGGAACAAAGAUGUGAAAGACACAGUCAGGAGCUUCAGAAAUAUCAAACUGCUCUCUCACUCAAUAGAAUUCAAAUAA